AUGGAAGACGCCCACUCACACGCCAGUACAAUCCAUACCCGCUCGCGCUCGAUUCCUACCCCAGCCUUGCGCGAUCCUCAUCCGAUACAAACAACUCCCAAAUCGGCUCCUCAUCCUCGUCAGCAGCGAUUGUUACCGACUCGUCAUGCAAGGCUCUCCGCACAAAGACUAUCUGUUCAUGGCAUCACAGUACCGUUUCCUCAUCUGAUUCGGUCAGCCGAGAGCGACGGGUCCCGAUUUAACAAGUGCGAAGAUGAUGGCAACAAUUACCACGAGACUACACUUCUAAGUAGCCCUUCGCCGAGAACUUCAAUAUUGAACGAGAUUACAAAUUCAGCUGGCUAUAGUGGGCGCAGAUUACGGAAGCGGGCUCCCAUACCUGUCUUUCAGGAUUCGCCAGACAAGCAGCUUCCUGAAAUCAUAGGUACGAAGUCUCCGUCAGUGUACCACGACGCAUCAAGCAACAUAGAGCCACCUUCCAUCAGUUCGACUCAAGAUCGCUCACCGAGUAUGGGCGGCCUGAGAGAAGUUUCUGUCAACGUUCAGCGUCCAUCGCCUGACAAAGAGCCUCCAUAUUACCGCUCAACGCGAGCGUCUUCGCGCCGUAAAUCGUCUUCAGUCAGACCGCGGUUCAAUUCAGAAGAGGACAUCGAACACGUCGAGAAUGAGUUGCAAAUGGUCAAGGACGCCAUGUAUUCUCCAACCACCAACAUAUCAUGGAAGGAAAAGUUGAAAAAAGUGAAGGAUGAAAACGACCGAUUGAGGGAAGAAAUGGAGACUCUGAGGGCAUCUUUCGAAUCCGAACUCCGUCAGACAAUCGAACGCUAUACAGAAGCUGAAUUGAAGCUGAAAAGGAGGAUUAAAGACCUGGAAGACGAAGUCGAGCACAAACAAAGCGCGAUUCGAGAUCUGGAGGAUGUUCGCGAAGAGAAAAGACUCGAUCAAAACACCCUGGAAGUAUUGAGGUCCAGGAUUGACAAGCUCGAAGAGGACAAGACAAGCUUGGAAGUUACCAAUCGAGGCAUGAUGAAGCGUAAUGAGGUCUUGACCCAGCUCCUGGCUUUGUCGCCCACGAAAUUGCAGCAAAAGAUGGAACUUCCUACACCGAGACGGAGGAAUGCGCGUCCGAUGUCUCUGAUCAUUCCUCGAAUUCCUUCCUCUCCCGGAGGCCAAACACCCUUGAGCAGACCGCAGUCGGUCCUCGCAUCACCUGCAAAUCGCGGUUCAGAUUAUUUCCCGGCAAAUCCUGCAUCGUCGUCGUCGUCGUCGUCGUCAUCGUCAUCAUCACUUUUGGUGUCAAGUCCAGGUGUUCGUGCAACCGGUUCUCCGCCAGUUACAGAUGAAAUUCAUUCAGUUGAUUCUGGGACUAAAGGGUCAUGUUCGCAAAUUUCUAAUCGGGGAGGGUUUGGAUGCUCUACACUGACGUCUCAUGCUUCGAACAACCCAGAAAUGCCUACAACGGGACGCUCUGAGCUUGAAGGUAGACCACAAUCUCCAGUGAAGCAACCUUCGAAACGAAGACCUCGAAAAUUCAUAUCAAGCUCAACCCAGUUGAAGCCUCUUCUUUUGCCUACGUUCACUGCCGACAAUGGUAACCUACCUUCGACAUCACCAAUUACAUCACCUGAUCGCCCACUCCCAACUACUUCUUAUGCGCCACAAUGGGAACCUUCUCCCAUGUCAUGCAAAACAAACGGAACUUUUCAUGGAACCCCUCCGCUGAGUCCUGACCUUGUCACUGGCCAACCGGGCCCUUCAUUUCAGAGCCUUGAUGAAGUCUUUGCUAAGGAUGAAAAACCAUUUCGACCAGGAGCCAUUCCAACGUCCAUAGAUGAGCUUCUUCAUCCAAGACAAAGUACACAAUACCAGACGCCACUUCAGCCUAAGCACCUGGGACUGAAUCUCGAAGUUUCAGGUCUUGGGAAACCCCAACCUCGUGCUCAUGUUGACUCUGGGUUUAUGAAGACAAUACCGAGUGAAGGUGGAUUCUUGUUCGGUCAAUAUCGUGAUCAAAUGGAUCGAGGCGAGGACCAUUAUACGCGGAAACCACUGGGGAUGAGCUCAAUCUUCCAUGAUCCGCAACUCUCGCCUGAAUGCGAUGAAUCUCCGAUUGGUGAUAUCAAUGAUAAUGUCGAAGUCCCACGCCCGUUGUUUUCGAGAUAUUCUGAACCCCGAAGUGGAGCGGCUCGGCCAUUGUCUCAUUUUCAUUAUGAUUCGUCUCCCCUGAACCCUCGAAAACGGCGAAAGGGAAGCUCUGUACACGAGUUAGGACUGCCGGAUACUGAGGCCGUUAACCGUGGAGCAUCUGAAACACCAUUGCCUCCGCCUGGGUCUCGUCAAGUGCUGAUGCCAAGCUCGGUCAUAAACCGUACAGCCAAACCCAUCCCGAAUCUGCCAUACCCUGGAUUCGCCAGAAAACAAGGUCCUACGAGAGCCCGGAGUUCAUUGGAGAUAUUUCAACAUUGGAACAUAGGCUCAAGACCUCUUGCCGCGAUUACGAUUCAGACAGUUUAUGCGACCUUAUCGAGAUACACGUCUUACAUACAAAGUUUCAAGCGAGACCCUCUCGCCUUGGCUCGACGAGUGAUGGCAAAUGCCUGGCGAUCAAAUUGGACCAUGUUUGGAAAGUUGAGUUGGUGGGUGCUUGGCCUUUUCAUUGGGUAUCGACGUCCCAACCAGGAUGGUCGCACGUGGGAUUGGGAUAUUUAUGACGGCGAAACCAUCGCCGAUCGGUGUUGUACGACGCGUGUCAGUGAUCCCCCAGUGGGUGAUAAUUCAAACACGACGGCCCAAGAAUCUUCAGAGGCGGCCAGUGAACACGAUAAGAAAUCAAAUGCGCAAGCGUCCACCACGUCAAAGUCUCUCCCGAGUGAACCUAGGGUUGGUUGGGGGAGAUCACUCUUUCUUUGGGGCAAGUUCAGUGUUGCUAUUAUGCUUGCUGUCGGUGGAGCCGUUGUUAAAGGGCCGGCCGAGAUGUUACGGGAAACUGGAGAGUGUAGAAGAUCUCGAAACAAUACGGCCGUCGAGCCUCAAGUCGACGGUAGCAGUGAUCAUUCCUGUCAAGUCCGAGACCGCGGUUGGUCCACCGAACACGUUGAUAGCAGAAACGAUGCAUGCGGCGAUGCUGACGACUUGAGGUCGCACAAUACAACGGCGACAGAGACGAUUCGCCAGGUUCGAAGCUUCAGCUCUCCAACGCCAUCAACGAGACGCCAUCAGUUUGGGACUGCUAUCACAAGCCAGUGUCAGCAUAAACGAGAUGAGCAUAGGCGAGGUUCUGGGCCGGAGAGUCCCAAGGAUCCGACUGGCGCUGUUUCCCUAGAACCUGAAUAUUCCGGUUCCGUCAGUGAUGACACGCUGAAACCGACAAGGAGCGAGCGUAAGGGACUCGACUCUAUAUUCCAGGAGUCUUGUGGCGAAUACUGCGAGCCUGAUAUCUCUGCAGCUUCGGUUACUUCAUCCCACGUUGAAGAUGAUGACAAUAGGUAUGCGGACAAUUCAGAGCACGGCUAG